GCCCUCAAGAUGGUUGAUAUUUCCCCCAAACUUGCAGCACUGACUGCAACAAAAAUUGCUAUGCCAGGUGUAGUGUCAGCUUCACAGCAGGUUAUCACCAUAGCAUCAGUAGAUGGAAACAUAUCGAUUCUCCCCACAAAGACCAAGCCGAAGAAAUUGAGCUUCCAAGGAUCAGAUGGCAAGAAAUAUACAUACUUGUUCAAAGGACUGGAAGAUCUGCACUUGGAUGAGAGGAUCAUGCAAUUCUUAGAAAUUGUUAAUACAAUGUUGGAGAAGAACCAGAGGGGUAAAGGACUGUGUGUAUCGAGCCAGAUACUAUUCUGUGGUGCCACUUGGACCACGAUCAGGCCUUAUUCAGUGGGUUGGCAGUGCAACGCCUCUCUUCGGUCUCUACAAGCGCUGGCAGCAACGGGAAGCACAUGCGUUGUUGCUCAAAAAUCAUUCCUCAGCUGCAUCCAUCCAUCCACAAGCUCCCCCACAAGUUCCACGGCCUUCAGAACUGUACUACAGCAAGUUGACACCCAAACUACGAGAGGCAGGAGUCAGCCUGGAUAACCGUAAGGAAUGGCCUCUUGGCAUUCUGAGGGAUGUUCUGAAAGACCUGAUUAAAGAGACUCCAUCCAAUCUGCUUUCAAGGGAAUUGUGGAUGUGUAGUGUCAGUGCUGGUGACUGGUGGCGCUUGACCCAGACGUACUCAAUUUCCACAGCAGUGAUGUCCAUCAUUGGCUAUAUCAUUGGUCUUGGUGACAGGCAUCUGGAUAAUGUUCUUGUCAACCUAACAUCUGGAGAGGUGGUUCACAUUGAUUACAAUGUGUGCUUUGAGAAAGGUAAAAACCUACGUGUCCCAGAGAGAGUGCCAUAUCGCAUGACACACAACAUUGAGGCAGCACUUGGAGUGACAGGAACUGAGGGUGUGUUUAGGAAUGCCUGUGAGCAGGUCUUGAGGACCAUGCGAAGAGGACGUGAAACUCUUCUGACCUUGCUAGAAGCCUUUAUUUAUGAUCCACUAGUUGACUGGACACCAGACAGUGAAUCAGGCUAUGCUGGU